UUUUGUCCCCGCCUAAUAGUUUAGUUAGUACAACACUUUCUUACUUACCAUCUUCCGACAAAGGUCCCACUGUCUCUUGUCUUCAUUCUCAUCCUUGUAUCUGAUCUGAUCUCUUCUUCUUCUUUUUCUUCCUCUCUCUCUCACUCAAAUCUGUAAUUGGGAUUUUUCGACCCAAAAUUAACAACUCCUUAUAAGUUUUCUUGAUAGGUCCUCUUUGUGUUUUUUUCCUCACAAAGUUUCCAACUUUGAAAUGUAUUUGUGAAUCUUCACUUGUUACUACUUUUUGUGUCCAUCAUUAUUUUGGAAGUAACACAAUUGUGUGGGCUAUCUUCACUUUUUCAGGAUUCUUUCUGGUGAGCAUUAAUGGUGGAUAUGGAAGUUGGUAUUGCCAGUGGUGAAGAUAAGAUAACGACCGCGGCUUCAUCGAAUCAAGAACUGCAAGUGUCUGUUUCGUUUGGUAAGUUUGAGAAUGAUUCACUUUCAUGGGAGAAGUUUUCAUCUUUUUCUCCAAACAAGUAUUUGGAAGAAGUGGAGAAGUGUGCAACUGCUGGAUCAGUAGCUCAGAAGAAGGCUUAUUUCGAAUCACAUUACAAGAAGAUUGCUGAGAGGAGAGCUGAUAUCAUCAUGGAGCAGGAGAAACUUUUGGAGAGGAAUGCAUCUUUCAGGCCGAAUAUUCAGAACCGGGAAAGAACAGACGAUAGUGACAAUGACGAGUCAAUGAUGAUCGAGUUUAGUACCGGUUAUGGAUCUAACGGUGAAAGUACUUCAGAAGAAGAUAAGCUUGUGACCGUCAUUGUUACUGAAGUGAAUGAGACAUGUAACCAUAAGCCUCUUGAAGAAACUAUGGAUUUCAAGGAAUGUCGAAGCUCGGUUGAUACUGGGGAUGAUCUGAGUACCCUGAAGUUGGAGGAGAAACUUGAAGAGAUUGUUCAAGUGGAGGAUAAAGAGAAAGUAGAAGAGGUUAUUUGUAUGAAGGAAGAAGUAAAAGAAGAUGUUCCAUCAAAGGAUACUGGAGAAAUGAGUGAAACACUAAUGAAGGAGACGAAGAAAGAGAAAGAUCAUAAUCCAAUCAAGAAGACUGAUAAAAAUGUGCGAACUAACCAUAUGAGAGCCUCUCCCAAGUCUAACCAGGUGACGAAGAAACCGGUAACGAGCAAGGUUGUAAGUGGUAGGAAAACUCAACCAAGCAAGGAAAAAAGCAUGACAAAGGCAACAAAUAAAGCAGCAUCACCUGUUUUAAAACCUCCAGGGUUUUCAACUCCAAGAGUGUCUAAGUCAGCUUCAACAAUAAGUUCAAUGUCUACUUCUCGCUCUUCAGUAAAGAAGGAAAGUGUCUCAACUUUACUGAGAAAGAAACAAACCGCUCCAAAGUCAUUGCCCAUUUCUCUCAAUGUGGAUCAGUCGGUCUCCGAUCCUACUGCUGUUCCAACAACAAGAAAAUCGUUGAUCAUGGAACGAAUGGGAGAUAAAGACAUCGUUAGACGUGCAUUUAAGAGUUUUCAGAAGAGUUUCGACCAAAUGAAAUCUACUGAUGAUGGGCAAGAUACAGCUCCAAAGCAGGUUCUUGCAAAGGCAACUGCUGUUCAGAGGUUAGGUACAACUGGUCAGAAAAAUGUCAGGCUUGCAAAAUCAGAUGGCACGGAGAGAAAAGGUCCUAACUCUCACCGUUCUUCAUCUGUUGUAUCAAAAAGCAACGGGACAGCCGAGAAACAGAAGGACGUAAGAUGUUUUAUGAGCAAGCCAAACCAUGUUCACCUUAUCCUCUGAUAUAACAAGUUUAACAAUUCCUCAGAUAGCUAAUAUUUCUUCUUCAAAUUCAGCCUUCUAGGCUUGGCACAAGAGCUGUAGAGAGGAUACAUUUACAGGCGAAACCGAAGGCAGAAGCAAGCAAUGUCAAAACUCGGAGGCAAAGUCUAAAUCCAAAAGAAAACCCCAUUCAAGGACCUCUCCCAAAAGGCUAUUCAGACAAAGUACUAUGAUGUAGCAGUCUUCAUUUCACGAACUUUGAUAUGUAACAGGUGACUAUUGUUUUUAUCUGAUCUUCUGAAGCACAAGGCUAAGGGCUCCACCAACAUUUUUCAGCAAAAAGAUCAAAUAUCUCCAAACUUUCAAAUGAUGUUUGUUAUAUAGAGAAGUCAUUACGUUUGUGGAGAAGUAAGUAUUAUACAGUCUUGUGUCAAUGUAUGUGUAUAGAGUCUGUAGACUAUAAACGUGAGGAUGAUGUUAUUAACAUACUUGAAUAUCAAUCCUGUUAUUUCUCGUGGAAGUACUGUUUUUUUUAAUAUACAUUCUUCUUAUAUACUUGCAAAUUUAUUAGAAUCAGCUUCAGACUUACAU